AUUGUCCAUUCAAGAGAAACCCCCCACACUGAUAAAACUGUGCUUUGCCAUCACCAGUUAUCAAUUCCCCAACAGCACUGAUUUCUCCAGGAUUUUGGGAGUCAGCUCUUGCCUCACACCAUGGCAUAACAUCAUAUCUAAUGGUGAAGAAGAAGGCCAAACUUGAAAGAUAAAAUUCACUUUUAAGUCCUGCUGGUAGUGCUGCCAAAGAAGAGGGCUUUGAGCAGUGUGCUUUAAAGCAGCCCAUCAAGGUGAGUGUAUCCCAAGGUUAAAAUAAAUGUGGGAACUUUGUAAUUAUCCCUGGCUAUUGUAUGGUAAUCAGAAGUGCAGAACUUGCAAACGACUGCGCCACUGCUGUGCUAUAGCUAUUUUUUUUCUCUGUGCAGCUCUGCCAGGAAAAGACCAUUAAUUAAAACUUCAAUGCUCUAGUGACCCUCCACUGCAGUCUCAGAAGUUGUAUUUUCUUCUCCUCUUUCCUUCUUUUUUUUUAUUUAACUUAUUUCCAGGGCUGUACAAUUUUCACCUUGGAGCAGUUCAGACUCCAGCAAGUCCUCGAAGCUUCUGUCCCCACAACAUGGUCUUUCAGGAAAAGUCCCUGUUCACGUGUCCUGCUGACCUUCAGAGCUUGGUGGAGAAUGUGCUGGAGGGCAAAACCAAAAGCCUCCUCUCUGCGUGUUUCUCAAGUGUCCUCUUGCUUCCCUCAGAAAGGGAAAUGCCGUACCACAGCGCUUCCCUCUACACCAAGACCCUGAAAGCCAUGGACACAAUGCUGAGGACCGUGGUGCUCAGCUUCCCUGCCUCCAGUGUCAGCAAGGAGCUGCAGGACAUCUUUGAGAUGCCAGCUGGUUGCCUAUAUACGAAGUAGAAGAGGACGCUGUGGAAUUCAUCAUGGCCUUUGUCAGCAGCCUUGACAAGGACACCCACAAGUUCACAUUUCUGAAGAGCACCUACGUCCUGUGCAAAACCGCCUUGAAACGUGGCUUGACCCAGGGCCUGGCUUUAUUCUGCCAAACGUGUGAAGUGGUAGAGAAUAUCACGGACCUCCUGGAAAAGGAGCCCCGGGACCGUGUGUCCUCACAGAUCCGGUAUCUCGCCAUGAUUACCAUCGACGAGUUAUGCUUGGUGGAGAAUGUGCUGGAGGGCAAAACCAAAAGCCUCCUCUCUGCGUGUUUCUCAAGUGUCCUCUUGCUUCCCUCAGAAAGGGAAAUGCCAUACCACAGCGCUUCCCUCUACACCAAGACCCUGAAAGCCUUGGACACAAUGCUGAGGACCGUGGUGCUCAGCUUCCCUGCCUCCAGUGUCAGCAAGGAGCUGCAGGACAUCUUUGAGAUGCUGCUGGACUUCACCAAAUCCGAGAGAAAAGUCGUGCAGGACAGGGCUGUGGGGAGGAUUGGUGUCCUGACCCCUUUACUGUCCAACUAUUCCACUCUGAAGGCCUCUGUCAGCUUUGGAAGAGAUGAUUCUGGACGUGUCUCCCCUGAAGACAUCUCAGUCCCAGUCAUGGGAAGGCUGGUGGGACGUCUCAUUCUGUUCCGAUAUGCCAAGGAACAAGCAAGCUACUCAGCUUUCCAUGCACUUUUUUCCCUCGUUGAAUUCUUCUACAAGUCAAGGCCAAGGGACGAAUCAGACCAACUCACUUGGGAAGUUGUGACCACCUCCUCGCUGUGUUCCCUGAGCAUCAGAGACUGUACCCAGGCCUUUGGAAAGUACCUCCACUCUAGUGAGAGGACAGAUGUCAUCCUCGAGGCCAUCAGUGCCAUGAGAGAUGACAGCAUCCUUGACAAGGAGGUGCCCAGCAGCAUGCUGGAUGUGGUCAUAGAAGACCCAGACUUCUGGCUGACAGAUCCACCCAAGACAGUGAACUGCAUUCUUGAAAAUCUGCCGUGCAUCACCACAGAGUCAGGCUGUAAGAAAGUGGAGUCGCUGUUUCUCCUGAUGACCAACGAGUACUCCUCAGCAGUGGUCAUCGGCCUGUGUGAGAUGGCUCUUCAAGGAGACAGCGCUGUGCAGGAGCUGUGGGACACUCUGUCCUUCACACCUAUGAUUUUGGACAAGGUCAUAACGGAGUUUGCUACCUUGCUCCUGCACCAGUGGUGUGACCCUCCCAGAGAAGGCACCAGCACCUUUCACAGAUCUCCAUCCUUGGAGCACACUGACUGGGAGGCGUUUGAUGAUGAGCCCCACAUCUGGAGGGAUCAGGGGCAUCUCAAUGAGGUGACGGCCUUCCUGAUGCUGGAAGUCCUCGUUAGGCUGUCAGAGAGAGCUGAGAUGGCUAAAAAAAUUGAAGCCUUCCUGCCAAGCAUGAUGAAGAUACUGGAAGUUGGCAGUGAAGAUGAAAAACUGAAGGUUGUUGUGGUCCUCCGAAACGUCCUGCGUCAGCUGAAAAAGUCAAAGAUCAGCUCCAUCGCUGUGGCACUGGUGGGGAAGAUCGUGCCCCUCUUUGACUCGGAGUGCAGCCAGCUGCGAGAGCUCGCCCUCUGUCUCCUCAGAGACCUGCUGAGGUCCGUGGUGAGCAGGGAUGAGAGGAAGAUGAGGAGGGAGGUGCAGAGUGCAGUGAUCCCGCUCCUCUUCCGUGUGAACGAUCAGUACGCCGGAGUAGCCAAGGCUUCUAGGGAAGCCCUUUUUGCUCUUGCAGAGCUUUUCAAAUGGAAGCAGCUCAGGCACCUGCUGCAGAAAGAGCGGAUGUGGGAGCUUGGAGAAUGCUUGCUGAUGAAGAGGGAGAGCAGGGCUGAAGAGUACAUGCAGCAGAGCCUGCCCUACCUGAGGGACCCUCAGCCCUCCGUGCGCCUGGCGGCCGUCAGGUUCAUCAGGAGCGCCACGAGGCACAUGAGGAACCAGGAUCUGGAGACUCAGGCUCAUGUCCUCAGAGCCCUUCAGCCCCUGGAGACAGACAGGGAUAUCUCAAUCAGCUCCCUGGCAGCCCACACGGGCUUGAUCCUGAGGGCUCCAAGGGCCCAGCGAAGAUCGUGGAUCGUUCCACAGUUGUGCUGCUGGCGCCGGCCAACCACGAGCAGAACAGGAAGGAAGCUUCAAGAAGAGCUUAGGGCCCUUCCUAAGGCAAUCAUGCCUCCAACAGCAGCCCACAAACACCUCUGCCAGUGGCUUUGGAGCAAGCUGAUGGCCGGCUGCCCCGGGGAAGGAAUAUGCUUUGAGUUUACAAGUGGUAGUGACAUUACCUACAAACCUUGUUUCCAUCUUCAAGCUGAGGCUCUCCUCCAGAAGAAAACACUUCUUAUGCCACAGGUUGAAGGGAUGGAAGGCACAAAGCCACUGGGCAAGUUGCUGCCUGGAGUUUAGAUUGCACGGACACAGGGAAGCUGCAGCUCAGGCUCCUCGGAGCCUGCCAGAAGCCUCUGGACUGUGAAACACCUCCAUCCCAUGGACUUCUGCAUUUCCUCUGGAAGAGGCACUAAAUGAAAUGGGAUGUGGAAAGGCUGUGCAGGCACUUGGAGAAGAGAAGAGGCAUGAAGGCUUCCUUGGACACAACUUCUGAGGGAGAAGACUGAGUGAGGAGCCUGCUGAGCCUGCCCUGGCUCUGUGGAGGAUCUGGGAGAGCUCCAGCCCAGCUGGAGCUGAGCCCCCUGGGCAGCCCCAUGGACUCUCCCCACCUUCUGCACUUGGGUUUGCUGCUCCUGGCUCUUGCUGCUCCCCAUCCAAAUAUUGCCAUGUCUGCUGUUGGUCCUGCUGAAGGGACAGAAGACUCUUCCUCUGGCAGCAUAAGUGUGACAGUCUACCACUGUAAGGACUGUGAGAGCAGCACAUGCAAGACUAAGGCAAUAAGUUUUGAAAACUUUGAAAUAAUCGCUGGAACAUCAAACAAGACACUUUCAGAUGCAAUAACUGAGCUGGUGACCAAUGAAACACACAUCACUAUUUGCUUUGAACGAGCAGAUUCCUGUCUGGAAGGAAUUUAUGGUAUCUUGUGGGAGAAAGAUGAGGGAGCAGGAUUCUCGUGUGGCACCCUGAAUGCUGGAGAAAAUGGAAGAGAUAACAUCAGUACUGAGAAGAAUGUUUGCUGUGAAGCUGAGACAAAUGUCUGGAGAAGCAACCCUAUCCUGAAGUGCUACAUUCAAAAGUCGGGUCCAAAACUCACCGCACUGCCAGUUGGCGUUCCUGAGGGAAUUAUAGGUAAUGCUGAAUUUCUCACCAGCAAAAACAACAGCAUUGGCAUCGUGUCUGCAUUGCUGGUUACUGUGGCUGUGGCAGGAUGUGCCACCACGUAUUGCUUCUUGAGGCAGCGGCGUCGCCGAGGCAACACAGACAGGUUCCUGACAGAGAAAGCCUGACACAUCUUUGAUAACCAUCUACAAGGGAGAAAACCUCUCCACCAGCUGCAUCCUCCUCCUCUCUCCUGAUGUACAGCAACCAGCUGAACACAGACUGAUUUUCCAUGCAAAGUCCUGCUCUUUUAUUCACAAAUAGUCCUGUUUUCACCAAUGUACCUUCACCACAUCCACACCUUCCCUGAGCACUGUGACUCUUGUCCAGCUCCAGGCCUUUGUGAGCAGCACAAGCAGCACCAGGAGCCCCCAUCCUCUCCUGAUGCUUGGCUGCAGGCACCCCAGGGUGUGUGGCUGACUCAGCAGCACAGGCUGAAACCAGCUGAAUUCUCUCUGAGUGGAAGUGUGAACUGCUCUGAAAUGUUUCCCAUGCCCUCUGCAUGUCUUUCCCUUGGUAAUACCACUGCACCACCCAAAGUGUUUGUAUAUUUUUAAUUCUCAGGUCGUCUCAGGAUUCUCCAAAGCGUUUUGCACAGCUGGCUGAUUGGUUGGACUGGUUUGGUUUUUGGAAGAGAUGUUUGAUUUUGCCCCCACCCCCAGGCUGAGGACAUGUCUGUGUGUUUGUUCCUGAGCAGGGGUGGGUGGGAGGCUGUGUCCAGCUCCCUCAGGGUCACAGAGGCCUUGGCCUCCCCCCAGGCUGAACAGAAUUCUUCCAUCAAUCUUCCUGACAAAUUAGGCAAGUUUAGACAGCGUGUGAUGAAUACAGAAAUCAGAAAUCCCGUGGGGUACUUGGUAUCUUUAAAUCAUUCCCCAUUCCCACUUGAUUUGAAUAAAUCCUCAACUUUUGCAUUGGAUCUAACUUAGUAUCAGGACUGUUGAGCAAAAAUCAGUGGGAGCACAAAUGGCAGAGCAAAUUCUCAAGCAAAGUUAAAGUUUGCUGUCAUUUUUCCCAUUGUUUAGUUCCCCAUACACCUGUAGCUGAAACUUCCAGCAGGAAAUCACAAAGGAUGUAGGACGUUGUGUCCUUCUUGAACUUUGCUACAGUCAAAUCUAAAAGGAAAAGUUCUUAAUGUAAAAGAUCCAAAUAAUUAUAAUAAUUAUUUUUUAGAAAGGUAGAAGGGCCUCUGUGCUUAAAUAUACCUUUUCUUUGGCAAAGGAGACCAAUGCUUUUUUGGGUUGGAGGGGAUUUUUUUUCCCCAGUCAGGGCUUUAAACUCACACUUUUAACUCAGUUCUCAGCUGUUUGGAUGCAAAUUUUCAAUUUUAGUGUGGUGGAAUGCACUUAAACCUUCCUGAAGGGUUGAGAAUCCAGGUAUUCCAAGGCUGUGGUGUUGAUGAUCCUGUUGUCAGCUGUGUUUUGUCAUAAGGAAUGUUAUAUUUACUCAAUAAAUCAAAACUAAGGUUGCCUGUAAAAAGUCCAGACUGUGGAUGAACUAAGAAAUAGAUGGAAAAAUAUUUUUCCUCUUUAUAUAGCCUCUAUCACAAUUGCAGUUCCAUUUUUCUUCCCCUCAACAAAACUGCUGGAAGCUUUGGAAGGAGUGAGGAAGGUUCUCUUUUGAAAUUGCACUGUAUUAUCUUGAGGUCUUGAGAUUUAAUGAUGUGCAGAUUUAAUUUCUACUCUGUAACAACAGCUGGGGCCAGAGACCUGGACAUGUUUUGAGAGGGAAACUCAUAUGGGCACCUCAGUGAUAUCAGUCAGGAAACACAAGUCCCAGACUCAUCUUUAUGUCUCACUCAAAUACUGUUUCCUUCACUUCUCUUCUUCCUACAGGUGAUUAUGCAGAUUGUGGUAUUUGGGGACAUCCCUACCAACUGUUCCACUUUGCCCCUUUGGAGCUGUGUUGUGCUGAUGCACAGCAAAGGUGCCACAUCUCAGGAAAAGCAGUGAGAACUUGCUUUAAGCAUCUACAGUGUUUGUCCUCAGCAAGUGCAUUUUACUAUUGAAUAUGUACACAUAGAGGCAAAUAUUUGUAGUCAUAGGAUCAUGGGAUGGUUGGUGUUGGAAGGAACCUAAAAGAUCAUCUUAUUUUGUCUUAUGGCAUAAAAAAAUGACAAAAAAUACUUAAAGGCCUGACUCACCAAAAAGCCAUAAUUUGAUAGCUGUUUUUGCAUUUCAGGGUCAUAAUAAUCACAAUAAAACUUCAUCUUAAGCACUGGCAA